AUGAAGAUCUUGUGGUUUUCGACAACGAGCGGAGACGAUUGGAGGUGGAUAUUCAGAUGUAGUUGUGGAACAGAUCUGAUAUGUCAGAGAGCAGAUCUGAAGAAAAAGUGGUGGCUCGCCGGAGCAGAUAUGUCGUGGAAGGAGGACACGACGAUAACGAUGGUGGUUCAUCACAUCAGUGGUUCCAGAUUUGAAACUCCGACGACGUAUGUAAGUGUUAUCGUCGGUGGUUGGAGGCUGCGAUGUGGAGGUGUCGUCAGCGGCGGUGUUACCAGUGGUGAGACGGUCGUCGACGGUGGUGGAUGUGGUGGUGUUCAUCAUAAAUGGUUGAAGGAGGUGAAAGGAUUUGUUCUUGGAAAAUAA